CCGCGAAACUCCAAAAACCAGGAGAAAGGUUGUCUGCGGGAUUCGAGCUUGCGCCAGCAGCUUUCCAUACGCCCUAUCAUCCGCUAGGCUGCCCUAUCAGACCGCCGCACCGCCACUCCGCCGCACCGCCACUCCGCCGCACCGCCACUCCGCCGCAUCGCCAUUGGUCCAUCUUCGACUUUGCCCGUCGCCCACGCCAGAGGCUCGGUCGCUCAGUCGGCUCAGAUUGUUGACAAUAAGGAAAUAUAGAUGGAUCUUUUAGAUGACUUAUUUGAUGAUGGUGCAGCAAAACCAGCAAGGGCAGCCAGCAAGUUUAAACCUAAAGUGAAGGCCCGUCCAGUACAUAGGGGAACCGUUUCCACACAGUCUUUAUCUUCAUCACAGACUAUUCAAUCAGGUAAUGCUGAUAGUCGAAAGAUUGCAGCUCCCAAGGAUGUACAGCCAUCACCUAUAGAGAAUUUAAUUCCAACUUCUGAGGCGCCAAAUAUCCCUGAUGUUGCUGGUAGCUUUCAACCGCCUGCAGCUCAAGAUUUCACUUCUUGUGGAGAACCUGCUGUUGCAACUUGUGAGGGAGUUUCUCAGAUUGAUAGUAUAGAUCUUGGGACAGAGGAGAUUGAGGCAUAUCCUUGCUUGGAUUCAGAUGGGCUCGAGCAAUCUACUGUGUCCGGAAAAUUCCAACCCAAGCCCAAGGUACAAGUGUUCACGGAGAACGUUGAGACUACCAUUCCUCAUUCCAAUGCAAAAGAUUCCGAGUAUAUUGACUUGGUGGAUAAAGCUAGAACUCCUACAUUUGAUACAGAUGAUGUUAGCAAUGUCCCGUCUUCAGGAUUUGAUCACACUGCUCCCACAGAACCUACCGCUGAUGUUUCACAGAGUGAAGAAAUACCAAAUUCUGAUGAGGACUUUUUACCUGGAUAUUCUGGUAGCUCCGUUCUAAAUGAGAAUGAACACAGUGAUGAGGAGUUCCAGGCAGAAAAUGAAUCCCGAAAGAAAAGAGCACGGAAAACGUCAAUGAAACAGACUGAUGAUGGUGAAGAAAAUCAUGGUAAAAAGCGUAAAAAAGCUAACGACAAAACUGGAAAGGCCACUAAAGAAAAGCCCAAGAAGUUUUCUCACUCAACUCGUCAAAAGAAGAGGACAUUGGACAAGGUUUUAUUGGAAACUCCAGAGGAGGAAAUUAAUUUCCAAAGAGUGCCCAUUAAGGAUCUAAUAUUGCUUGCAGAGCACAAGGAGCGUGUGGCGAAAAAUGCAGCGCCAACAUCAUCCCAGACCCCACAAGUAACCACAAGUGUUGGUAAUAGUACUUUUGAAAUGAACGAUGAAGAGGAGGCAUUUACGUUUAAUGGAGAUAAUGAUGCAGAAGCUUUUGGGGAACAAGAAAGGGCUGUGGCGGAGGAUACUACUCUCUACUAUAAUUAUCAUACAUACAUGGAAAAACCAACCAGAGCCCGAUGGUCUAAAGCGGACACAGAACUGUUCUAUGAGGCCAUACGGCAGUUUGGUUCUGAUUUCUCGAUGAUACAACAACUCUUUCCUGGGCGGACACGCACACAGGUAAGACUGAAGUAUAAGAAAGAAGAGCAGCGGUAUCCAUCAAGAGUUCUCGAUGCUCUAACUACUCGUGCGAAUGAUAAUUCCCACUUUGAGCAAGUCAUUGAGCGCUUGAAAGAAAUUGCAGCUGAGGGAGACCAAAAUGAUGAUGACUUAGAUGCAGUUGUUGAUUUGACUGAUGAAGAGGAGGGGCAGAAAGAAGAAAUGGAGGUGGAGAACACUAUAGUGGAAAAUGAAGUCCAAGAUACAGAUCAAGAUGUUGUUACUCAAGUUCAAACUGAUGUGGCUGAAGAGGUGGAGGAAGAAGAGGUAGACGAAGAUAUAUGGAGCCAGUAUAGGAGUGAGGAUUGAUCCACAUAUACAUACCAUUAGCCCCCAGCUAAAGCUUGAGUGGUGUUUUUUUUCAGAAGAGUUCAUUUUUUGGUAGUUCAUCAUAUAAACUAGUGGCUGCCGUUUUUACCUUUUUCUGUGUCAAAAGUAGCAAUGGGUAUUUUGUGCUUACUGUUAACAUACCUAAAUUGCUCUUUAGCUAUGGCGCCAAAUUACAAUACUAUUAUGUUCAAGUUCUAUUACAUCAGUGUUUAAUCAAUCAUAAUUCUAAUGUUAUUGUUAUAUAAGUGACUUAGAUUGUUGUAAAUAAAUUGUAAUAAACUAAAUAAAGUGAUAUGAAAA